GAGAUUGAAUCAUGGCUAUAACUAUCUUUGGGCUUUCCUCCAAUAAGGAAGUAACUUCUUGAUGUACUUUAUGUUGCCAAUGGUCUUGAGAGACUUCAUUCUUCUCUUCUUCAUCUUGUUAUUCUUAGAUUUGUUCCUGAGCAAAUGGUUAUGGUUGGAACUUUUGAAGCAGAAUCUCUUUUCUCUGAGGGGGCCUGCGAUGAUGAACCGUUUCCUUGCACUCUUGUUGGUUUUGAGUUUGAACUUUCCCUUUCCUUUUUUGGCGGCCAUCUUAGCCCUAACUUUGUCCAUUUUUAUACUGAAAGGAGCACUGGAAAAUGGGCUAAGCAAGUUUAUAGGAGUCCUUGGUCUGUUCAAGAUCAUGAAUGUGCGCAAGGAAGGGGUUAUUAGAGAGAGCUUUAGAUAUGAAGUACUUGAAGGGUUUUGUAAAGUUGCCCUAAACGGAGCUCUGACCAAUGAACGGGCACGGAACAAGCUAGUACACAGCAUUGUAUUUAUUAUAUUUAUUAAUUACCAUUAA